ACUGCUGUUGCCAUUGUUCUCCCUGCCUCUCUCCUCUCUCUCUACACCUAGCUAAGACCGCCUCACUCAUCAAAAACAAAGCCAUGGUUCGAGGAACUGCCAGUGCUCUGAGCGCGGCGGCGUGUGUGGCGUGCCUGCUGCACAACGUUGCCGGCUUCGUUGUUGGACCGACCCCCACCGCUCGCGGGUCUUUCACACGUGUCAACCGGGCCAGCUCCGCUACUGCUGUGUCCCGAGCUUCGGGCAGCCUGGCGCCGGUGGCGGCUGCUCGCACCCAGGUGGGGCAUGCCUCGACGGUACUACGCUCGUCUAGUGCUGGCCGGGAGAUGACGAUGGCUGCCGGAGGGAAGAAGACAUGUAUCAUCACCGGAGCCUCCUCAGGGAUCGGCCUGGAGGGAGCCAAGUUCCUCGCAGCCUCGGGAGACUGGCACGUGAUCUUGGCCGUCCGAUCCUUCGCGAAGGCCGAGGCAGGGGCCAAGGACCUGGGCAUGGACCCCUCCACGUAUACGGUGAUGAACCUGGACCUGGCUUCGCUCAACAGCGUCAGGAAUUUUGUGGCGGAGAUCAAGGCCGCCAAGGUUAAGCCCGACGCGCUCGUGUGCAACGCUGCCGUCUGGCACCCCAAGGACAAGAAGCCGCGACGGACGGCCGACGGGUUCGAGGAGGCGAUCGGCGUGAACCACCUCGGGCACUUCCUGCUCGUGAACCUGCUCAUCGACGAGCUGAAGCAGUCCCGCGUCGUCUUCAUCGGCACGGAGACACACAACCCUGGAAGCAUCGCGGGAAAGAUCCCCCCCCAGGCUCACCUGGGAGACCUGGACGGGCUCGCCAAGAACGAACCCAUGGUCGACGGUGUCAAGUACGAGCCCACCAAGGCGUACAAGGACUCUAAGGUGUGCAACGUGCUGAUGAUGAGGGAGAUGGACAAGCGUUACUCGUCUGGAGGAAUGGUGGUGAGCGCGCUUUUCCCCGGGUGCAUCGCGGAAUCCCCGCUGUUCCGCGAGAAGCGAGGGUGGUUCCGGGCCGGGUUCCCGGUAUUCCAGAAGUUCAUCACCAAGCAGCUGGUUUCCGUCGAGGAGGCCGGACGCCGCGUGGCGGACGUGGUAUCCUCGGACAAGUUCUCCUCUUCCGGCACGUACUGGCGGUGGAACGGACAGGACGCCGAGGCGACCGCGAGGGAAAACGUGGUCUCCGACGAGGCCAUGGACGAGGCGCGAUGCGAAAAGCUCUGGCAAAUCAGCUCAGACCUCGUGGGGAUCUAAGUCGUCUCGACAGGCUUGUCCAGGCGGUUCAAACGCCUAAAUCGUCUGUAGGCUUAAUCAGUCCAGGCGGUUUGUUUAAGACCCAUUUUUGACCUCUCACUUGGUUAGGGUUUUUAGAAAUCAGUAAAGUUCAGGGGGGGUUCAUUUUUACGAAAUAUACCUAAAUCAAGAAGACGGCCCGUUCGACAUAAAACCAGAUCAAAUCACAGCAGUCGAAGCGGUUUCUCUUUCAUGGAACGCAAUAAAUAAUUCCGUGUUUUUUGCCCAAACACGAGGAGAUAAAUCGUCAGGCUGUUCGUGCUGUUCUUUAGCCGUGCACGUGCUUGCAUGCAGCGAUCGAUCUCACGCCCCCAUCGAGCUGUUGGUGUUUCGGGCUGUGUGGUGGACGAGCCUCUUGUCUGAUCCAGAUGCCACACAUCACGUUCGCCUCAUGGGCGNGGGGGGGGGGGGGGGGGGGGGGGGGGGGGGGGGGGGGGGGGGGGGGGGGGGGGGGGGGGGGGGGGGCUCGUGAGAACCAGCAGCACCUAAUGUGAAGCUUUCGUACAUCGACACGACUCUUACAGAACAGGCCUGAUGUUGCUUGGCGCGCCUGUUUUUCAGCUUGUUGAAGGAGAGAGAACACGUUAGAAGUCGACAUCCCAAUCUGUAUCUCGCGUUCGGGAUCAGAGCGUCCGAAUCAGCUGGAUAUGAAAUGCCUGAGGAGCCCGAUCUCACGUUGGUUGGCCUCGACACCCUGCUAGGUAGAGCUCGUCGGAAUGUCGGUGAUUGUGUACAGGUGGACGGAGGUGGGUGCGUACGACGCGGCCUAUCUCUAACCACGGGUUAGGACUUCUGUUGGUAGCCGCUCAUGCUUUCCCCUCAAUGUGGAGUCUUGUGAAGGCCCAUGCAUGGAGCGGUUCGUAUAUUGCGGAGAUCAUUCAGUCGGAAGCGCGCUGUUUCGGAGAUUCUGAUCUACGGGAGUUCUUUCUUUUUUUCUUUUUCCUUCAAUACAAGAUGAAGGUUUCUACCGAUGUCUCGAUCCGGAUACACACACGGCAGCGGCAGAGUUGGUCCCCCAAGUGCCGGUUUGACAUGGCGUUCGUUUAGUGCGGGACUCAGUAAGGUUGGCACUGGAAGAGCUUGCUUCGGAUGGAACCUGACAUGAAACGUGCUCUUCGUCUACCGCCCUGGGUUUGUUGUGUCGUUUGUGUGUGCGAUGUUGUCGUGCUUUAUUCUCGCGGAAAGAUGUCGGGCUUGAUGCGGGGUCGCGCUAGUAGUCGUUGUUAGGUGGGAUCGUGGUUAGAUUGGUGAUCGAUCUCCUGGUGUCAUUUUUUUGUCCGUUUCGUGUUGUUGGUCGUUGUGGUUUGGAUAACGCGGGGUAGGACUUUACACGUUUUCCGGGGAAGGGGGGAAGAAGGGAGGGAGCUAAUCAAAGCUUUAUUUUUAUUUUUUCGAGAGAUUAGACGAAGACACGCUUUGUUUUUGCAUCCACGUAACGGCUGGCUACGUUUGGCCGCGUUGCUUGUACAGUACCGAUAGUGUUGGCUUUCGUUUCCCAGCGAGGAGGCCAAGCGCGCGGUAGGCUGGUGUUAGCCUUUCACGCAGCCAGCAGCUCCUGAGUCGGAUCCCUUUGUGAGAACGUAUGAUUUAAACCCAUCGUCCUCUUUGCGCUCAAAGUCGCGUGCUUGGAUACAUCGUUCCUGCACGGGAAAGCCUGACCGCAUCUGUCUCCUGUUGGUCUGUUGGGCCGCCUUCCCCCCCCCCCCCCGACGAGGAUCGGCUGGAUCAGAACCAGAGUUCGACUUUCGCGUGGGCGGGAUGAAACGUCACGACGUCGUCACAAGCGG